CACAACUCAGAAUACGCUCCCUAGUUUAGUAUGUGCGGUCGGAACGUGACGAUGAAAACAUUGCAUCACAUUCACUGACAAUCCGUCAGUUUCGAUGUCGAGUGUUAGUUUGUGUGUCGAGUUGGAAUUGCGUUCCAUGUCCAUGACGCCUUCAUUGUGCUUCCUUCCAUGUUGUAUACUGAUAGUAAAACGGUAAUAAAUAGCUUGAUAGCAGGCGCUGAUAACCGGCGGGCGGUGCAUGAGUUCGAUUCUUGCCGCUGAUGCUAAAACAAAGUCUAGUGCCCUGUAGGAGCUCAGUUGAUGAACAUAAGCCGGUGUAGUAACGAGUAGUGAAGCCGAUAACAGCAGACCGCAGUGUACCUGGAAGAUUCCGUGUGUUAUAUAACUCCAAUGUGCAUGUGAUUUGUACACAUAAACCUAACAAUAGCUAAUGUGGUGUGGAGAACCAAACAUUCUAGCAGUGUCAACAGCUCAUGCGCUUAGGGUCAAAGCGAAGUGCUAUGCAGCUAUGAGGUCGGAGACACACGCCUGACGGACAAACCGGUUAUCGAAGUUCAACUCCACCCCGAGUUCGGGGUUCCUUGAGCGGGACCGGCGGAAUUGAAUGAGCGGCAAUUAUUUGUUUUUUUUUUGUUUUGCUGUUCACAACCAAGAGACCAAAUAAAGUGCCAAAAUAGAAAGACGGAACCAGGAAAAUGUUACACGAGACGGAUGACAACAAAGUCCGUUACCGGCGGACGCAAAGCGUGACCCGAGCCGAGGAGAUUACCAAACAGGAAACCAAACAGCGAAAAUCGCAACCAGACAAACCAUGCCAUUACCCGAGGGAUUCACUGUUCUCCUGGAGCUCGGGCUUCGACAACUUCACCGGUCUAGUCAAUUGGGGCUUUCUGCUGCUCACGAUGGGAGGCUUUCGGCUAGUGUUAGAAAAUUUUAUCAAAUACGGCAUCCGGGUCGAUCCGGUGCAGUGGUUCGUGGUGCUCACGGGGAAGGACGAGGGCGAAGGAAUUCCGUCGAUGCUGUUGAUACUGUAUUCGUUUAUUCCUAUACUGAUAUGUUUGUUCACGGAGCUUGGGCUGGCCCAUGAGGUACUCAUCGAGGGCGGAGGAAUGGCUGUGCAGAUGGUAAACAUGGGAGUGCUAGUGCUGAUUCCAAUGGUUGUGAUACACGUCAAAGGGCACAACUUUAGCCUCGUUGGUGCGAUGACAGUCUGUUUCUGGUACUGCAUUCUGUUCUUGAAAAUGUGGAGCUACGUUCAGGUUAACAUGUGGUGCCGUAACCAACGCCGCAGUCGAUCCAGCCGACGACAGAGUAUUUCCAUUGCACAACUGCAAAACGAACGCGAACACGAGCAAGAACGCAGUGGAAGCGGGGCAGGUGAAACGACACCACAGCCCAACGACAACGGUAAAGAUAAGGUACCCGAACUGGUUCACUAUCCGGACAAUCUACAUCUAAAGGAUUUUUGCUACUUCCUGUUGGCCCCGACAUUAUGCUACGAACUGAACUUCCCACGAACCUCGCGGAUCCGGAAGCGCUUCCUGAUCAAGCGUAUUUUGGAAGUGGUGAUCGGAGUCCACAUUGUGAUGGGUUUAUUCCAACAGUGGAUGAUACCCUCGGUGAAAAACUCGUUGAUUCCGUUCUCAAACAUGGACCUGACCAAAACGACUGAACGAUUACUGAAAUUAGCGAUUCCCAACCAUUUAAUGUGGCUGUGCUUCUUCUAUCUAUGUUUCCACUCAUUUCUAAACCUGAUGGGAGAACUCCUUCACUUUGCCGACCGCAGUUUCUACCAGGAUUGGUGGAAUGCAAACAACAUCGACACAUUCUGGAGAAGUUGGAACAUGCCCGUGCAUAAAUGGUGCGUUCGACAUCUCUACAUUCCAGUGGUCGGCCAGGGAUGCUCCAAGCGAACCGCUUCGAUAAUUGUGUUCUUCGUCAGUGCCUUCUUCCACGAGUACCUCGUCAGUGUUCCGCUGAGAACAUUCAAGAUUUGGGCCUUCAUGGGUAUGAUGGCCCAGAUACCGCUCUCUUUCGUUUCCAAGUUCAUGGAAAACCAGUACGGACCCCGCUUCGGAAACAUCGUUGUGUGGGCAUCGAUUAUUCUCGGCCAACCGCUCGCCAUCAUGAUGUACUAUCACGAUUACGUGAUUACGCACUACAACGAGGUUUUGGUGUGACCGUUGCCAAGGUACAAGGUGCGGCAGAGCUUGAACCUAGGUUCACAACGGCUUGAAAACUCACAAACAACAUUGAGCCUUAACAUCACAUUUUUGAGAGCCAUACAUCAACUAUAACAUCACAUUUUUUCGAUAGAUAAUUCAACAUUUUGUACGUUUAUUGCCUUUUUAAAUAUAUACAUUUUUGUGGAAAUUAA